AAAGCCAAGAGCGCAAUAGUAUAUCAAAGAAGUUGAAAAGUCACUUUAAAAUUAGCCUUUUUUGCAUCACUAUUAUUUACCUCUUAACUUUUGCCAAAACCUGCAAUUCUCACUUUUGACGCCAAAUGUGAAUCCGAAACGGAAAAAAGCGGAGAAAGAAAAUGCAAAUGAAAACUGAGAGCCGAGUAAUUUGCGUUUAGAAAAAAGUGGAAUAAUGCUCACUUGAUGAAUGCAUGAUGAUGUUUCAAUGAGAUUUAUCGGCAAAAAAUUGUGAAGAUCAUGGAUAGCGAGAGGGAAAAGGAGGAAUUGGACCUCGAGGAUGGUGAGAUUGAGUCUGAUGGCGAUGACGAGCCGGAGAAGGCCAAAGAGGAAGCGAAGGAAGUGAAGGAGGCCAAGAAGGAGCCCGAAACGAAGCCUGAAAAGAGACCCGCGGAAGAUGUCAAAGGUGUGACGGACGAGUGGGCGGUGAAAGUUGAGAAGGCAAUAGCCAAUGUACUGAAGAAGGAUGGGAUUGAAGUGGCGGAGCCGAGAGUAGCGCCGGGGCCGUCAAAGAGACCGCGCAAUGAGGUGGAGGACCCAAAGCCGACGCGACGGCGGAAGCGGAAGCGCGAAGAACCGCGACCUGAGCGGUCUGAGCGGCCUGAGCCGAAGAGAAAGGGCGCGAAGGAGGAGGAUGAGUACGAAAUGCUGUGUAUUCGCGGCGGCAGUCCGCCGAGGAGGGAGUACGAAGGGGAUUCGGAUCAGAGCUUCAGCAGCUACUCGAGCUAUGAUUCAGGAGAUUACAGGAGACCGCGAAAGCGGCAGCAGCGCGAGAGGCGACGUGGCGGCGGGCCGAAGCAUUACGAUAAGCGACGCCAACAUGACUCGGAUACGGAGUCUCGACACCAGAGGAAGCUGGAGCUGUGCAAAUUCUACCUGAUGGACUGCUGCGCGAAGCGCGAGAAGUGUCUAUACAUGCAUUCGGACUUCCCAUGCAAGUACUACUAUCUCGGCCUGAACUGCAUCAACCGGGAGACGUGCAAAUUUUCCCACGGACGGCCGCUGACCAAUCAGCUGCGCGGUGUGCUGCUGAAGCAUCUCGAGACGGCGCCGAAGGAGAUCCUGGGCGACUUCCCGCGCCUAGGCAGGGAGCACGCCACUCACAUGCUGAAUGCCACGCACAAGAAGCUGCUGGCGGAGUUCGAGGAGGGAACGCCGAAGCAGCCGCGCAAGAGUCGCUGGUGUGGAGACGCCAGGAAGAAGCCCGAGACGAAGGAGGAUGUGCUGAGCUUGCGGCACUUGACCAAUGUGCUGUCGCAGGAGCAGAUCGACAGGAUGGCGACGAUGGGGAUCGAGACGCUGGAUCAGGUGCAGCAUCUCACGUUCAUGCAACUCACGGAAUUGGGACUGAGUUUUCAGCAACUGAGUGAGAUUCAGCUGAACACGAAGAACUUUGUGAAGCUGGGAUUGGCGAUGGGCCCGGAAGAGGGCGAAAAGGCUGAGGGAACGGCGGAGAAAGCGCCUGCUGAGGUGGACAAGGCUGAAGACACAGACAUGAGGGUAAUUGACGCGGCUGAAAUCGUGUCUCCGGAUCGCGAGGAAACGCCAGCCAUUGAGCCUGCGAGGAAGGAAAUUGUGGUGAUGGAUUUUGGAGCUCAAUCUCCUGAGGAAGGUGAACCGGAAUCAAAGCUCCUGAUCGAUGAGACAUGGUACAGUGACGACGAGGCCAGGAAAUCCAGUGAUAAUGAGUGGCCACCGGCUCCGCCAGUGGUGGAGGCGGCGGAUGUGACUAGAGUAGUUGGUGGAUCUUUGUCCAAGAUCGACUACUCAUCCCAAAUACUCCCAGAAGCUGCGACGCCUGAGCGAGAUCCGCGGAAGAGGCCGGAAAUCGCCUCACCGGACGCAAAGCAGAGACCCAGCAUCUACGAUCCAGUCGGUGAGGAGGUGGCGGAGAAUCAGGACCAGGACAUGCGGCUGCUGGUGGAGGGUAGCAUGCGCGACGUGGAUCUCAGGCUGCCGUUCAAGCCGCUCAUGACAAACUACGUGCCGGCGACAGAGAUUGACGCAUCUCUGGCUUCGCAUGCGCCCAUGCACUACAAAGUCUUUGAAUGUCUCAUCCCGCCGCCGGACUAUCGGGAGAUCCGGAAGCGAAUGCCCGCCCAGGGUAACACUCAAGAUCCGCGGCUGAGGCGCAUUCUCAGCCUGCGUGAGCCAGAAACGGCGGAGGAGCCAGAAGAGCCGCCAAAGGCGCCGAGUCCACGGCAGGAUCCGCGGAGGAAGCGCGAGGAUGUGCCCAAGAGCGCUCCAGCGGGAGGCAUUGACAUCCAGCAGGUGCUGCAGAAGUCACCGUGGUACAAGGAUUUGGGCAGCAAGAACAAGAUCAUGGUGAAUCAGCAAUUGGCAGUGCUGUCGGCCGAACUGAAGCGCUUUGCUGCUGAUCCCAAUCCGGGAAAAGUGUUUGACCUCAGCGUGGUGGCGCAUAAUCCCACGCUGCAGCACAUCCUGGCGCAGCUGGGUAUCUGUCUGAGCGAGAGUGGACAGUUCACGAUGGUGGAGGAGGGGGGACAGCGCAUGAUAGAAUGGAUGGCGCCGAGAUUGCCGGGAUUCAUGCCGCCAAAUCGGCCGGGAUUGCUGGGAGUGGCGCCGAUGCCACCCUUUGACGCGUUCUAUGGCGGCGGCAUGCCGGACUUCUUCAAUCAGCCGCCGCCGGGAGACAUGCCGCGGCCCAGGCCACCCUUCCGCGGCCGGCCUGGCGGUUGGGCUGGAGGCCGUCCGAGGCGGCAUUUUGACGCCCAACGGCAAGGAAGACGCGACAAAUCCACGAAGAACUGAGCGCGACCGCUGUGUAUAACUGGACAGUUGAAUUUAUCUGCACCGCUAAUGAGGCGACAAUUCUGCCCGGAUCCAUGAGCGCUUCCGAGUUGGGCAGAGAGGCUCUGUGAAUCCGUCAGUUGACUUUGGCGGGAAGCUUAAGCGAUUUUAUGGAUUUUAUCAACAUUUCAUCAGAGUCGUGAGUAAUAAUCAUUGUAAAAAAUAUGAUUUGUAUAAAAUAAAACACACCUAAAAUUUAUUUACA